CAGUUCGCGCUCUGCCUCGGGCGAGUCCAGACGUGCCCGGUCCAGUGCCGUGCCCGGGCAAUGAACUAACUUGUGGAAACACGCCAGGCAUCCUCGCCGCUGAUUGGCUGAAAGCCCAGGGGGGGCGGGAGGAAUUCCCUUUCCCUACCUCACCACCGGGUAGGAAAUCCCCGCAACCCCGUGUCUCCCUUUAUCGCGCAGCGGCGAGUCGCGGGCAGCCAGAGGCGUUUAGGCGGGCGAGAGGAGAGCGUCGCUCGGCACCGUCCUGCUCCUGACACGGUCCCCAGGCAGCCUGGUCUGAUCUCCCCGCCGCUGCAGACCGCCGGCGAACGACGCGAAAUGAUGCCGGGAAAGACCCUGCGCAAGGGUGCGCAGCAGAGCCCCGCUCCCGCAGCACAGGAAGCUGUGAUGCAGUGCUCUUCGCAACUACGCAAAAUAGGAGAUAUAUGCAACCUGCAGCAGAAGAUUCUUAAUGUUAUUACAAAACUGUUCUGCCCAGGAACGUGAAAACUCUUUGGGAGAUGUCAAAAAGAAAAGGAAGGAAGAAAACAAUGGUUUUGGAAAAUAUGGUCUUUACAAGCUUGUAAUAAGUGACUUGAAUGAGAGGAGGAGAUGGAAUGAGCUCUAUGCAUUACUUACUGCUGCCUAUUCCCACUGAAGGAAGGCUGUUGAAAUAUGAUUUCUCUGGAGAGCUGGACAUAUGUAUUGGCUGGUGGAUGUCAGUAUGGGAGAAAAAUUACAAUUAACCAUUCCAAAGAUUGACCUGUGGAGUGACUUGGAAGAGCAAGGAACCUGGGGUUCUGUUCUGGUUCAUGAGUUGCAGCUAGUUCUAUGUCACUUUGAGCAACAGGCAGAAGAUGCCAGUUACCUCCAAACAUUGGAUUGGAAUGUACAACGAAAACCAGUUUCUAAGUUCUUGAUUGUUUUUGUUUUCUAAAAUGUAGACUCUAUAGUAUAAAAUCUGGUGUGGAACAUUUUUUUUUAUUGUUAUUAUUUUUUGGUUGUAGCACAUUUACUGUCAGUGAUGUUACUUCUUAUGCAGAUGUUUCUCUAAGGAAUAACAUUGUAAUUCUCUUAAUUAUGAGACUGCUGUAAGGAUCUAGGAUGUAUAUAGGUGUAUGAAAAGAGUAUUUAAUGGAUCUUAAAGAGCUGACUUAUGGCUUAUGCACCAGAAAUAGUGCAGAUAACUAUUCAAACGGUACUAUAAAGAAUGCAUUAAAACAGAUUAAAGGAAGCACAGUAGCUUCUGGUGAUUAAGAAAGAAUAAGAAAUAUGAAUAAGAAAAAUGCAUACAUUAAAGCAUGUAUUACCUAGCAAAAUAAGAUUAUUGAUAGGUGUGUGAGUUUGGGGGAGAUUCCUUCACAGCAUUAAAAGGAAUAUUCAAACAGAAUAAGCUACUGGUGUGAUUUAAUUUUAUUAUGAGGUAAUAAAAUUACUCUCAAAACAAAUAGAAAGUUAAAGUAAAAUGGAAUCAGUGGUUUUUCUGGAGAAAAAACAUGAAUUAUUUUUCAAAUAAAGUAACUGCUUAGAUUAAGAGAUAUGUCAAUAAAACUGAAUGUUACAAUUGUUACAGGAAAGUAAUGUAUUGCUUCUAAAUGAAAGCUGAGAUGUUGACUGGAAAUAAAGGAUAAGAAAAAACUCAGCUCUUAUUUGGUGUCAACCUCAUUUUUGUUUGUAAUGAUGAAGAUGCUGUUAUUUUGUCUAAUGGAUGUGAUAUGUAAGUGAGAUGCUUGUUGCAUCCUUAUUGAAAAGCUACAUUGGGCCUGGCUUGGAGGAGAGACUUGUUCUGCACUUCAGUCCAUUAGAAAGCAACUUUUCUGUUUGUAUAUUAUAAAAGCCCCUUGAAUCAAACACAAGAGACAGGGCAACUACCAUGUUUUAGCCAAAUUAAUCAGUGUCUUAAAAUGGGCUAAAUUAUAUAUGGGAUGUCAACUAGUAGGAAAAUGGAUGCAAGUGACAAAAUAAUGUAAUUUGCCUGGGUUUGGUAUUCAGAGGGUGUGCAAAAUAAGUGUCAGUUUCAGGCUGAAGGAAGAUGUAGCAAGAAAAGUAACUUGAAUUCACACUCUCUUGCUUCUACUACACUUUCCUCUUGCAUGUAAAUUACAUCUGUCUUAUAUACCUUUUGAAUGCCAGAUCAGCGCAAGUUAUACCAUUUCACUGCUUGUAUCCAUUUUGGGCUCCCUUGCCCUUCAUGUGCAAUUAAUUCCACACUAAGUCACCAAUGACUUUGAGCCAGGGGUUCCCAAACUUGGUUCGCGGCUUGUUCAGGGUAAGCCCCUGGCUGGCCGUGAGACAUGUUAUUUUUCUGAGCGUCCACAGGUAUGGCCGUUCGCAGCUCCCAGUGGCUGCAGUUCGCUGUUCCCAGCCAAUGGGAGCUGCGGGCCACCACUUACCCUGAACAAAGCGCAAACAAAGUUUGGGAACCCCUGAUUUGAGCCUACGAUCUUGUACAAAUCUGCUUUCUUUCAUGAGGUUUUCAUUGUAAAGCUCUUUUCAAUACCCCAGGACCAAGUAUCCAGCUAUCUGAUUUGCUGACACUUUUGAUUUCAUUUGGUAUAAUCUCAGAUGCUGUUUUUUUU